AUGUCUCGCAGGAUCGCACCUGCACCAACUUAUAGUGCGGGGCAUUGUCGUCAUGUAGGUACAAAAAGUAAGAUCGCGCACCAUCCUUCCUUUCUCUUUUCUACAGAGCUGCCACCAUGGCGGAAGCAAUAGGCGUCGCCACGAGCAUUAUCGCCAUCCUGGAACUCGCCCGUUCAGCUGUCCUAUACAUCGACGGCGUCAAAAACGCUUCCAAGGACAUCAAGAGUUUGGCAAGGGAGAUAUAUAGCGUCUCGGGCAUCCUAAAGAACAUAAAAGACCUAGUCAAAACCCCGAAAGAUGCCGGCGGCGGCAUCUCGUCUUCAGCCCUCCAAUCAUUGGGAGGUGAGGAAGGGCCGUUACAGCAGUUCGAACAGCUUCUCAGAGCCAUGAAUGAAAAGCUAGGUGUCGGCCGGAAUGAUCCUCCAAAUUUGAUUGAGCGAUUGGCAUCCAAGAUGGCGUUUCCAUUGAAGAGCGAGGAGAGACAGAACAUCCUCGCCGCCAUUGAGCGGUACGAGAUUCUCUUCCUACUAGCCAUGGGCAAUGACCAGAGCCAGCUGCUGCGCAAACUCAGAGGCGAUCUCGGAGAAAGCCUGCGGACUGUCCUUGAUGGCAUCUCUGAGAUCAAACUUGUUCAGAAGAGCCAGCAAUCCCGUGAACUGCAGCGAGAGGCCCAAAAUAUCAUCAAUUGGCUGAGCGAGGUCAAUUUUCUUGCCACACAAGCCGCCGUCCUUGCCAGGCGCACCGAGGGCACCGGCCAAUGGUUCUUAGAGAGCAACGAAUUUAGGCAAUGGGUUGCUGGCGACAACAAAGUUCUGUGGUGCCCUGGCGACCCAGGCGUUGGAAAGACGAUUCUCGCGGCAACAAGCGUUGACUACCUCCACCAGAAGUAUUCGAAUCAGGAUGAUGUCGCUGUAUUCUGCGUAUACUGCAACUACAAAGACUACAGCAUCCAGACAGCCACAGACCUGCUGGCAGGCAUAUGCACGCAAUCCAUGUGUCUCCGGUCUUCGGUUUCUGACUCAUCAAAGUCAUACCACGAAGCGGACCGUCAAAUCCGGGAAGGCCCAACGAAAGAGGCAAUCUUGGACCUUUUAGGGGCUGAGAUCAAACAGUACCGGAAAGUUUUCAUCGUUGUCGACGCUUUGGAUGAGUUCGGCGACAAAGAACAGCAGGACGAGUUCUUGUCUGAACUGCAAAAAAUUGACACGGCUCAUGUGCUCUUUACUUCUCGUACUCCCGCUGACGUGAACCCAUUCUUCCCCGAGCGUGCUGUCUUAACUAUAUCAGCCCACAGCAAGGAUAUUGAGCGAUAUCUCCGAACUAGUGUACAGCUGCUCGACGACUUCGUCAAAAACGAUCCAGACCUACAGGAGGAAAUAGUUGCAGGUGUGACACAGAGUGCGGGUGGAAUGUUUCUGCUGGCGAGACUACAGCUUGAGAUGUUUAAAGACAAACUCAACGCUCUAGAAAUCAGAAAGGCCAUCGAAAACCUGCCCCGAGGCGGUGACGCCCUACGUGGAACUUAUGAAGAAGCUGUAAAGAGGAUUGAUAGCCAGCCAGAAGGCUACCGCGUAUUCGCAUAUCAAGCCAUAACUUGGAUCAUCCACACCUGGCGCCAGUUGACAGUUGAGGAACUCCGUCACGCUUUGGCAGUUGCCCGACACUCUUCCCUAGACAAAGACGCCUUGCCGUCGGAGAAACAUCUAACGGCCUUCUGCGCAGGCCUAGUCGUCAUUGACCAAGAGAACAAAAAAGUCCGCAUAGUACAUCACUCCGCUGAAGCAUACCUCAAAGAAACUGUCUGCAGCCCGCCUCGCCAGGCUCAAAACCACAUCGCCACAACUUGCCUGCAAUACCUCCUUCUCGGCCCCAUGCAAACCCAUGACAUCCCUUCCAUUCCUCUCGACCAGCUCGCCACCCACCUCUACGACCGACCCAAAUCCCUCAAAGAGGAGCCCACCGACAUUGAGGCCGUCUACCCAUUCGCCCGCUACGCGCGCCGCUCCUGGGACAUACACCUAAACGGUGCGAAAAAGCCAGGUCUGCAAAGCGCCAACCGCAUUUGUGGCGGCAGCGCGCUCCUGCCAGCACUAUAUGCGGCCUGCACGUGGCGGCGGCCCCCGCAGACACCGAGCCGCUUCGGCGGCAAAGUGGGCAACCGCCCCAACCCCAAUACUUAUCGCGGGCUGUUGGCCGCGCUGGCGGCUGCGGAUGCGGAUCUUGCUGCUACAUCGCCCGGGAAGGGGGCCACGGCGCUGCAUUAUGCGGUUGCAGUACCGAAUGAUCCGAAAGCGCGCCUUGUGGAACUGCUGUUGGACAAUGGCACUGCGGCGCAUGCUGGUGUGCGCGAUAAUCAGGGCGCUACGCCGCUGGAUUGGGCAGCGGUGGCGCAGCGCGAUGAGUGCGUGCAGUUGCUGUCGUCGGGCGGUGCGGCUGCAGCGUCUGUGUAGUUAGGGGUGCUGGUUUGCGAUUUCAACUUUGCGCUGGCGUACUCUCGUGGGAUGCAUUUGUAUCUUCGUAUCUUUUAUUUUCGUACCCUCGUG